AUGGCGGCAAAAUCAAAUGCGUUGGUGGUGAACGAAUUGGAUGCGGAAACUAAGGAAAUGUUGAAAAAACAUUUUACAGGUGAACGCGGAGGCUUCGUUCGCAUGGGUCCCAAAGGUUAUAUUGUGACUGAGAGAUACAAGGAAAUGGCGGAGGACAUCUACGACAUGGAAAUUAGACCAAGUGACGUCUGGGUGGUCACUUAUGCACGAUCAGGAACAACAUGGACUCAGGAGUUGGUUUGGAUGGUGGCUAACGACUUGGACUACAAAACAUCCAAAUCUAUAAUACUGCCAGAAAGAUUUCCAUUCCUGGAACACGCCAUGAUGUUGUACCCAUCAAUGAAAGAAGAAAUUCUAACAGAGAAGAACUAUGAUCCGAAAAUAAGGAAACUCCUCGAGUUAUUCUCAGAGCCUUUCGCGAAGCCACUCGCGUCCGUACCAUCACCACGUUUUAUUAAAUCUCAUCUUCCCUUAUCUUUGCUUUCACCGAAUAUUCUCGACGCUAAAGUGGUGUAUGUUGCGAGAGAUCCCCGAGAUGCAGCCGUCUCUUUCUACCACAUGGGCUCGUCCUUGAGGACUAUUGGCUUCCGAGGGGACUUUAAGACCUACUGGAGUCUGUUUAUGAGGGACUUACUUUAUUGGACACCAUUCUUUGAACACGUAAAAGAAGCGUGGGAGAAACGCAACCAUCCAAAUCUAUUGUUUUUGUUCUAUGAGGAAUUACAAAAGGAUCUGAAAAGCGUGGUUCUACGAGUAUCAGAGUUCUUCGGAAAAACAUAUACAGAGGAACAGGUGCUAGCUUUGUGCGACCACCUCACUUUCAGUAAUUUCAAAGCCAACCCAGCUGUAAACAGUGAUUUAUUGAAAGACAUUGGCUUAGUACAGCCCACCCACGAAUUCAUUAGAAAAGGCAAAACUGGUGGAUGGCGCGACUACUUCGAUGAAGAAAUGAUGGUACAAUCAGACAAGUGGAUAGCAGAUAAUCUUCGCAAUACCGAUCUGCGAUUCCCAAGCAUGCAAUAA